AUGUCAAGCAACGCUGUUCAGGGAUGUAUAGUUGGUCUUUCCGCCUCUUCCAAAGCGCGCUACCAACCCGCUCUGUUGGUUUGUGGAGCGUCACUAAAACAUCCACGUACCGAGAGGCUCCAUGGAACUAUAGUAAGGAACCUGCUGGGUCUGAUACCAUCAUUACCGAAAGGCGUAUACGUAUUGCCGGUGGAUGAUGCAGGUAAUAUGGUGAACCUGGUUUGGAGUCGGCGUCCCCCUGAAGGUUGCGGCUCCCGCGUUGCCCCGUCUCCUGUCUGUUAUGCCAGCUCAUACGAUUAA